CGUGCAAUGAGAGAGAAAGAUGAGAAUUUUGGGAUCCGAGAAAAACCUUUGUGUGGCUGUGGCAGUGGGGAGAGAAGAAGACAGCUCACUCUCAGGCUCAAGCUUGUGUCGCAGAGAAGGUGAGAGCAAGAAGGAGAGAGCCCCACUCAGCAACCACCAGCUCACCACCACCACCUCCUCUUCCACUGUUCAGGAUAUUAUCGCCAUUUUCUAUUUCAUCUCUCUCUCUCUCUCUCUCUCUCUCUCUCUCUCUCAUAUAAAGUGCUGCCCCUGAACCUGAAAUCCCUCUUCGCGAUCCCCAAUUUCUUCGAAAUUUUCCGGAGAAUUUCGUUGUUUCCAAAGAGUUUGUCUAACAAUUGAUACAUGCAUGAAUCUGCCUCUGCUUUUUAGUUUCUUUUAAUCUGCUCUCUUGUGCUGCUGCUUGUCUACUGGAUCUGGAGUUUCUCAAACUUUAGAGACCUUUUUGAAGUUUAAGAUCAUUGAUUUUUUGUUAGCAUCCAUCAAUUCUGUACGUAGAAGGCGAUUCAUCAUAAAUUCAUACCAUAGGGGACGCGCCGUGUAUGUUUAAUUAGACGCCAGAUUCUUUGACAUUCUAGCAAUUGUCUUCUUUGUGUGAUCAGCGGUCUGUUGUUCAUAUGGGCUCUGGUAGGAGGCGAUUCAACUCCCACGAACGAGAUAUUGCCUUGCGAACCCUGCGUAUCGAACUAUUAGUUGAUUGAGAUGUCAUUGAAGGGCUUCGUACGCGAGCUUAGGGGGAUACGAGAUGACAUUAGCACCUUAUCCAUUGGAAAAUUACAUGCAAAGGGAAUGGGCCGCCGUGGGCGAGCGCACAUUGCUCCGGAAGGUGGAUCUGAAUUGCCGUGUGAAGUGACUGAUCAGAGCCCAUGGGCAAACUUGCCCCCAGAAUUGCUCCAUGACAUAAUUAAGCGUGUUGAGGCCAAUGAGACCUCUUGGCCUGCCCGGAGGGAUGUUGUUGCUUGUGCUUCUGUCUGCAAGUCUUGGAGAGAGAUUACAAAAGGAAUUGUUAAGACGCCUGAGCAAUGUGGCUGCCUUACUUUCCCAAUCUCAUUAAAGCAGCCGGGUCCAAGAGAUUUUCCUAUUCAAUGCUUUAUUAGGCGGGAAAGGGCAACUUCGACAUAUCUCUUGUAUCUUGGUUUGAGCCCUGCUCUGUCUGGUGAUAUGAGUAAACUGUUAUUAGCAGCAAAGAAAAUUAGACGGGCAACAAGUACUGAUUUUCGAAUAUCCUUCAUUGGAAGUGAUUUCUGUCCAAGCAGCAAUACCUAUGUUGGAAAACUGAAGUCUAAUUUCCUGGGAACCAAAUUCACCAUUUAUGAUAGUCAGCCUCCACAUCCAGCAAUGCGAUCCAACUGUAAGCCACACAGAAAAAUCCAUUCAGUCCAGGUUUCUCUGUUGGUACCUGCUAGAAACUACAAUGUGGCCACCAUUUCUUAUGAGCUAAAUGUCCUUCGAACCAGAGGCCCAAGGAGAAUGCAGUGCACCAUGCACUCAAUUCCCAUCUCUUCAAUUGAAGUAGGGGGAACUACCCCUGCUCCUACAGAAUUCAUAAGUUCUAGUGAUGAGCGAAUUCCUCCAUCAACCAUUUCAAAAUCAAAGGAUUCACUUAUUGAAUUCAGCUCAACUAGCCUUGCUCAGUCAAAUGAACAAAUUUGCAGCAGAAAAGAUCCCUUGGUUUUGAAAAAUAAAGCACCAAGAUGGCAUGAGCAGCUGCAGUGCUGGUGUCUAAAUUUCAAAGGACGCGUCACUGUGGCCUCUGUUAAGAAUUUCCAGCUGGUGGCAGCUGUGGAGCUUGGCCAAAAUGUGCCAGCGGAAGAACAGGAAAAAGUUAUUCUACAAUUUGGAAAGAUUGGGAAAGACAUCUUCACCAUGGACUAUCGCUACCCACUGUCUGCAUUCCAAGCCUUUGCUAUCUGCUUGAGUAGCUUUGACACUAAACCAGCUUGUGAAUGACUACAAAUUCACGACCAUCUCGGGCCAAAUUCCCAUUAGUCUUCCCUGAAAUUUUGUUGUAUAUAUUUUCUUUAAAGGAAGCACUUAAAGCGUUGCCUUCUGUCAUCAUCUCUGCUAGUGCAUGCACGUCACAUCUACAUGAGUUUGCAACUUAUAUUUAUUUUAAUAAAAUGUAGUUCCAGA